GCGCCGCAUAAUCUUGCGUAUCAGCGAUCGGCAGUGCCAUCCAGAAGGCAGUAGGUUACGGGUUCUAACGUGGUGAAAUAUUAGGGAGGCCCUAUUGGUGCGAUUGGUGAAAAAGGAAACGUGCGAGGGGGUUGAGUGCACACGAUAGUUAGAGUGCACGAUACUCGCGAGUGUUGGGAGAUCUUAAGUGUCGAGCCAUCAUGGCGAAUCCACGGAAAUUCAGUGACAAGAUCGCGCUACACAAACAGAAGGAAGCGCAGGAAAGAGCGGCGUUCGAGGCGAUCAUGCGAGAGGUUUCGGAUGUCACGAGCAGAGUCGCCUCGGCGAGCAGCUCGGUGUGCGCCAGUCCCACGGGAUCGUCCGGGGUACUGGAGACCCCGUUGUCGGUGAAGAGUGCCGGCGCCAGCCCACCGCAGUCCAGCGGCAAACACCUGCACAUUAACCUGGGAAAUCAGUUCAGGGCGGGUGGUUCUCUGCCGAAUGUAAACAACAACGCGAACUGCGGCGCCGACGCGAAAGAACACCUAUCGCCGCACACCGCUGCUAUUCACUCGAUCGACCUUAAGACGGCCCUGAGCAACCUGGAGGAGAUGCAGCACAAUUCCAUGGCGUACCGCAACAACGAGAGGGGUAGAAGCAUGGGGGUUGGUCCGAUGAGGUCGCGUCCGAUGGAGAAGAGACACGACACAUCACCGUACAGUGGUGUCCCUUACCUUUCACCACCACCGCCGGAUACCUGGAGGAGAACCAAUUCCGAUUCGGCUCUUCAUCAAAGCGCCAACGAAGCCUGCCAAACAACCACCCCCAUCCCUCAUCGACGAGACCAACACACGAUGGGCGGAUCUGGAAGCGACAACAGAAACCUUCAUUAUGGAUUCAUCGAGCGGCCAAGAUCGUCGUGCGAAAUACCUAGAGUGCCUGGAAACAACAUAGACCCGACCUCUCAACCAGCAGGACAACAAAUUUCCAUAGGAAACACGCGAUCGUUGCCCGAUUUAGUCCACUUCCCGUCGGAUCAGGAGGACCACUCGAGCAGUACGCCGUUCAGCAACAACCAUUUAUCAGUGCCUGUUAACUCUAGGUUCCUUCACACGUGUAAGGGUGUGGCGCUGGAAAACAGCACAAGUACUUCGCAACAGGAUCUUCAAAGUUAUUCGCAGCAACCGGUGCCCGCACCACCGACGGCGACGACCCACAGUCCGGCUGGCCACUACAUUUAUCAACAACCGCACAGUCCUGUGCCACCGCAGAGUCCAACGUCGCAACCGCAAACGCAACCGCAGCAACAACAGCUCAACUCGUUAGGGUCGUACAGGUCCUCGCAGCAGGUUAACAGGCCGUCACCACAGUCGUCUCCUGGUCUAACGGUUCAGGGCAGUCCCUUAAGUUACAGCAACAAUCCGUCGGCGCCUCCUAGUCCCACUGGGCAUCCAGGUCCACCGAAUAUGAUAUCGGAGAACAUCGAUCAGAAUAAUUACUUCCUGAACCAGGAGCAAGCGGCGCUUCAACAGGACUUCGCGCAUUUCACGAUGGGAGUGGAUUGGCCGAAAUUCGCGCAGCAGCUCAUGGAACUUGGUUGCACCUGGAGCACGCAGAUAGAGAUGGACACGCCUGGGUCAACCAACAUGAUUGAAACGUACAUAGGCUCGCCGAACCAUACCACAAAUUACACGCAAAACGACACGAUAAAUGUCGGGGGUGAAUUGGGCAGCGGGGAUGCUGGGUAUUUCAGCACGAGUCCUCAAAUGCCGUAUCAGCCUACGACGACGACUGCAACUACCACUACCACCACUCAACAGCUCACACCACAGACGCCCAACACACCAACGAUCAUCCUCACUGACUUUUCCGGCCCGGAUGAUCUGACGAACCCGGAAUUCGUAAAGGAUCUGGGCACAGCGAUGAUGGGUGACUUCGACCCCGAUCUCUUCCCAUCGGACGACGCUUUGAGGCAGGGCCUCGAUCCCAUCGACAUGGAUGGUCUACAAAUGCUCACCGACCCGACGAUGGUCAUAUCUGAUCCCAGCGCAGAAGCCCAUUUUAGGCUAGAUCGACUUUAAGGCGAGACAUUUUACUCAUUUUCGAUUACGCGCUGACUAUAUUACGUAGGAAUACAAAUUUCUUAUCUGUCCUGGUGUCGCGAUUUAUUCUUGGGACACUUUGACAAAUGGGACGAAAGGAGAGUCCCGUUCCGGCGGUCGCUGACACGUUUUCAAAAAGAUAUCGUUUCCUUCGCGAACACCUUUUAUCAGUCGUUCCAUCUUAAACAUUUUAGGGAUGAUAUUAUAUUUUCGAAACGAUCCUCGUUGGAAACGCGACGGAUGGACCAACGGGGCCGAGUCGGUCCCGUUCGUGAUAAAUCGUUAAUUGAAGAUUAAGUAAAUACAAAUCUUUAUUAACCCUUUUUUUAUUUUAUACUACUUUGUACAUUGUAUCAUGUAUGAUCUCUAAGAAGCACAAAACAAAAUGUCUACUGAUUUAUACAUGCUUUUGUCAUAUACGAUUCCUAGUGAGGUAACAAUCUACUACUAUUUAGAUGAAAUUAUACGUGUAGAAAAAGAGGGAAAAAGAUAAAAAACAGAUAUACACACACACACAUACACAUAUACGUGGGUCGGUUAUGCUCCUUAUUCAUCGAACCGGGGGAGAAACUAGAGCGUGAGAUUCCAGUAAAGACACAUACAAGGGAGAGAGUGAAGGGAGACACCUUUCUUUUCUCUUUUUUUUUCGGUGGUAUUUUUCCGAAAAAAGAUGUGUUCAGGUUUCUAUCUUGUGUUAUUCUUACCCUUGCUCGUUGUGCACCUUUGGCUCGAAGAAAUCAUUCGACGCUUCUCUUCUACGUGUUUUGUUAAACAGGUAAUGAGAUUGAUUUUUUUACACUAGAAAUUGAUUUUUAUUUCUCAGUGGUCACUGCUGACUGUCACUUCAAAUUUAAAAUGAAUUUUUCAUAGCAAUGGAACUUAGCAAAUUCAAUCUCAUUACUCUUGCCUAUAAAUCACGUAUUUUACGCGUUCCAUUCCUUUGAUUAACAAAAAAAUUCAGCUCGAUUCGAGCGAACGCAAUGUGUGUUCAGUUCGCAGCGUCGUUUCACACGAUAGAACGUUAAAAAAAUAUAUAUAUAUAUAUAUAUAUGUAUACAUAUAAUAAGAGGAUAAGAUGAGUAAACCGCGAAGAUAAGUGUACGCGGUCGUCAAUUGUUUUUUGAAAGUAAUGUAACCCUAUACUUUGUAUACACGUUGAAUAACUAAUAAUUAGGCGCGUGCACGUUAGAAUUAAAUUCUACUAAAAUGUAUAAAAUCAAGAGACAAAAAGGAAAUGACGCUUAUACAGGUUCCAAGAGAGAAACCAUAUGGUUCUUUAACUCUUUGCAUUUGAAAGACGACUCAGUCGUCGUUUGACCAUUGAAUGGCGGAUCCGGGUCAAUCGUGAUCCAAAGAGAAACAAUAUAUUAGAUAUAUUGGGAAACAAGAGCCCGCCAUCCGAGGGUUAACAUGCAUUAUCCAAAUAAAAAAGACAUCAGGUUACAGUACAUUUGAAGGUGCUAAGAAGAAUAAUUACAGAUACCUUUUAUACCCGUAGAUUUUUAUUCGAAUGCAUUGAUCCCAGAAAUUUUAUUGCAUAGAAAUAAUUACUGUUCAAAGCUUGUCGAGUUACUCAGCUUUGAGUAACCUUAUAUUGUUAUGAAUUGAAAAGACAAAGGCCAGGUUUAUCGUGGACCUCGGAUGUGGGUCCAUACGGGGUUCACAGCCAUCGAAGGGUUGCUCGCUGUGCCCGUCUAAAAGUUUCUAAUAGAGUUCUAUUGAAUUGAAAUUUCCUAGAGUUGCCUAAACGUUUGUUGAGAACAUGAACAAAGUUUAUACCUUGCUGUGUUUGUUGUUGACGGUUCUGACGAGUCUGUUAUGUAUAAUAUACCGAGUGUACUGCCCUAUUGUGCCUGAGCACAACGUCCAGUCGAUUUUCAACAAUUAAUUAGCAACGCGCUAAAUCGACGUGGUCUCGAAACGUUAUUUUUUGCGACAAAUCACGUAGAUCAUCUUGUAAUUGGUGGAAAGUACUCAGCAAGAGAGUUGACGCGUUAAGAUGGAACUUCCCUCCGAUUCGUUUGCUCUCCUCGCGAGACGGUGCCAAAACGUGUAGUUAUUCGUUGCUCUAGAUUGUAAGUCCAUUCUAUCAAUUCGUAAAACGUGCAAUAUAAAUGAACAAUUGUCUGUGGUUCACGCUGAAAGUUCUGAGAAUCUCACAUGGGGUGAUCUGUUAAAAGUUUCGAUUCUAUCGAUUAAUUGUAAUUCUCAAAACUUUUAGAACGAUUCGGAUACAUCUACUCGCAAAGCUAUGAUUUCUGUAAAUCAUGGUGGUACUUAAAUCAAGCGAUCAAUUCGAGCUUGGUAAGUUGAAUUUUAUUCUGUUACAAAUUUCUAGAGUAUACGAGAUAGCUAGCUGUGUAUUUAAUUUGCAAUGAAAAUUUCCUUUCUGGAAGGGAUCAAUGAAUAAUCGCGAACGUUAAUUAAACGUUUUAUCAAACACAGUAUUUGCCAGUCUGUGCGGCAAUUUAUUAUCCCCACUAUUUCCUCGACAUUCUCUGUAUUUCCUUCUUAUCUCGCUCAAAGGUAAAUAGUUAAAAAAAAAAUGGACCCAAUGACACAACUCGUGUCGUUUAGAAUCAUUAAUACUAAAAACCAGAAUUGCACUCCUGCUCUCUCGCUUCUUUCUCUAUUAUGUCUCUCCCUUUCUCUCUCUCAUACACAUACAUACACAUAUGCUCUUUCUGCGUCAACAGAGCGUCUCAUAAAGGAUUAACGUGUCGAUUCGUUGUUGUAUUCGAUAAGAAAUCAGCGCGCGAUUAAAGGAUGAAAUUAGACAAGAAAAUUUAUGAAAAUGAAAACAGAAAGGGGAAGGAUAUAGGAAGAAGCAGUACGUCUCGUAUGGAACGAGUUUUAGGGAAAAUGUAACGAAAAGAAAGGAAACAUUGUAAUAUUUGUAUAUAGCCAUGUUAUUGUGGUAAAGAAAUUACCUUAUAUUAUUAUAAAUAUUACGCAUAUAUAUACAUAUAUACGUGUACGUAUAUGUAUAUAUAUUAUAUAUUAUAUAUAUAUAAAUAUAUAUAUAUAUAUAUAUUAAGUCUGUAAUGCCGUUACGUUGUUGUACCAUAUUAUUGUGAACACCAUUUCUCAGACAUCGAUUUUUUAAAAUAAAAACAAAGUCUCUAUCGACAUGCACUAAGUACCAAGCAGAGUGUCCGUCGUAAAUCCACCGCACACCGUUUCAAAAUUCGAUUCGAUUCGAUUUAUCAUUUAAUCGUGGCUUUUUCGCCUCGUCUCGCUUAUUGCGUUUAUUUUCGUUUUUUUUUUUUUUUUCUUCUUCUUACUCGUAUAAAUCAUCAUUCAACAAGACACCUUGGUGACUUUCGAGGCGAAGAAAUGACGAAAUGAUCGUUCCAGGAUCUUGAGAAUAAGAGAAAAGUCAAUUGUUUAACUGGAACGUUCCGUCGCAGUAGAUUGCGUAAUUAAUCAACAAACGACAACGAACGUUUUGACGAAAAAGAUAAACGUUCUUAGCGAAAGCGAGAAGUGGUGGCGAUGUUUUUUUUUUUCCUGAAAACGAUCGCUGCCUAGUCUCGUCGACCAGCCUUUUUGUCAGACUGAUGUUCAUCCUUAGUCUAUCCAAUUAACGAUCAAUUACCACGAGCAAUUCGCCCGUUAAGUCACUGUCUGCGAUCAGAGACGCGACGAAGGAGCUUCGUUGAUACGUGUGCGUUCGUCGUGUCGCGUUUAUACUCGCAUGAACGAGCGUUGUAAUUAAUCUUAUCAGGGAUACCGACAACAAUGAUCUACACGACAAAUUUUAUACGAUAGAAUGAUUUAAAAGAAAAGGCAAAAGGCAUUGCGCAUCCUAGACGCGACACAACGCAUGCACUAGAAGAUAAAAGAAACGAAAAAAGCAAAAGAACCUCACCUUCGACAUUUUUCACACGACACCGUGGUCCUUCUGCCCGUCGAUGUGUAAAUAAUUGUUUCAUAUUGUUGUAAAGUAGAACGGUGAUUGAGGAGAGAUGGAUGAUGAUGAAACAGUAGGAGACGGCGGGUCUCGAUUGCCGAGAAUUUAAAAAAAAAAAGAAAAAAAAAACAGUCUCCACCCGUAAUGUAAGCGCACAAAAAAAUAAGAGGGUUUAACGAUCUUAUGUGUCUUCUUCGUGUUUAAUCGUAUCUUUGUUAUUAAAUCUUAAACGUCUACGAA